UACUCCCGGAAAGCUUCCAGUCAAACGGGAGCAGAUGCUACGCGUCCCAUCCCUGUGGUCUGUCCUGUUGCCAAACGCACCCUUGUUCCCCGCCUGCGACGGCAAGGCAGCAAACGCGAUUACGCAAGCUUAGGUUUCGUCUCUCCUUCCUCUGUCCCCGCCCCACCUCGUGCCCCACCCUACCUCCGGCGCGCGACGAGCGCGAGCAAGAGCGCUUGGUAGAUAGAUCCCGAUGGCCUCGCGACGCCGCACGCUCCUCAAGGUCAUCAUCCUCGGCGACAGCGGGGUCGGGAAGACGUCCUUGAUGAACCAAUAUGUGAACAAGAAGUUCAGUAACCAGUACAAGGCCACCAUCGGCGCGGAUUUCCUCACGAAGGAGGUGCAAUACGAGGACAGGCUCUUCACUCUGCAGAUAUGGGAUACUGCUGGACAGGAAAGGUUUCAGAGUCUUGGUGUUGCAUUCUACCGUGGAGCAGACUGUUGCGUUCUAGUUUAUGAUGUCAAUUCAAUGAAAUCAUUUGAUAAUCUGAACAACUGGCGCGAAGAAUUUCUGAUCCAGGCUAGUCCGUCUGAUCCUGAUAACUUCCCUUUUGUUCUGCUGGGAAACAAAGUUGAUAUUGAUGGUGGCAACAGCCGCGUGGUCUCUGAGAAGAAGGCGAAGGCUUGGUGCGCCUCAAAAGGCAACAUCCCUUACUUUGAGACAUCUGCGAAAGAAGGAACAAAUGUAGAAGAUGCUUUUCAGUGCAUUGUAAAGGAUGCUCUGAAGAAUGAACCAGAAGAAGAAUUGUACAUUCCUGACACUGUCGAUGUGGUGGGUGGCAACCGCACCCAAAGAUCAUCAGGCUGCUGUUAAGCACGCCAUGGCCGUAGCAACCAUUGAACAUGCAGUCUUUCGUGCCUGUAUAAUAUCAUGUUAUUCUGUAUUUCAUUUGUUACUUGACCAGUCACCCCUUCGGUACGAAAUCAAGGAUCGAUGAUCUGUCCUGUUCUGUCUGUCAUCUUGUAUGUUGUGUGAUUUGUUGUGAAUACGGCGGAAUGAAUAAUAUUGUCCGGACAAUGGUUCCUCCGUC